AUGCACAUACCAUUUAUUCUCUCUUUUCUUCUAGGCCUCCAAUGGCUUCGCUCUGCAAGUGCGCUCACGGACUUUGAUGAUUGGGCUCACCAGCGCAUUGCCCUCGAAGACGUUAGUAUCCACUUCCGGUACGCCGGAAGCGGACCACCGGUACUGUUGGUUCACGGUAAUCCUCAGUUUAGUCUCACAUGGCGUACUAUUGGGCCUCUACUUGCAGAGAAUUACACCGUCAUCGCGGUGGAUAAUCGUGGUGCAGGCGACUCUUCGUUGCCACCAGAUGGAAACUACACCGUUAUGGCAUCUGCAGAAGAUCUCAAAGGCGUCAUGGAUUUUCUCAACAUUACCUCAACAUAUGUCCUAUCACACGAUAUGGGGGCCGGUAUAGCGACUGCUUUGGCCGUAAAAUACCCUAAUCUGGUUCGGAGGCUCGUUGUGACAGAAUACCUUCUCCCUGGGUUUGGGUUUGAACUUGCUCGAAAUCCUGGCGCAUACUGGGAUUUAUACGCCAAUUGGCAACUUGCCUUCUUUUCCGUUACAGAUGCCGCCGAAUUCUUUAUAUCUGGCAAGGAGAGGCAAAUGUUAGAAUGGUAUUUCUAUCAUGGGAGCUACUCUGGCGCUACAAGUUUCUCCGAAGACAUUGUUAAUCGAUAUACGAGUUCAAUUUCGAAACCAGGAUUUCUAAGAGCCAUGCUUGGUCCAUUUGAGAAUAGAGCUAUUGCUUCAGCGGCCAGUUUUUUUCAAGGCACACUUGGAAAGAGCCCACUACAAGUAACAACCCUGGCAAUGGGAGGUGAAGCUAGCUUGGGACCCUUCGCCAAUCAAGCCUGGGGCGAUGCGGCGGGCAAUCUUGAGACGGAUGUUAUUCCGAAGGCUGGACACUGGAUUGCUGAUGAGAAUCCUGCCUGGGUUGCUAGACGGGUGCACAAAUUCUUCUCCGAGGAAUCUACCCAGCCACCCUCGGUCAAUCUAUCGGUGCUCAACGAUAAAGCCACUCUCACUGUUGGUUACUUCGGAACUCUUCAGAAUGUAGCUUUAUCUGGCUCUUCAUAA